AAGAAAUGUUGCAUGGCAGGUUAAAAAGUGACUUGACGAGCCGGACAUUUGUGGUUGAUGGGCCGGGAGAGAGACGAGGAACAGUGCGCGGACGGCGGUGUGGUUGAAAGCAUUUUCUUUGUUCUGUUUACAUUGGUGGAUUUAACAUAUAUCUUAAUCGCUGUCACCUAUAUAGAUUCUUGCCCCAAGGGACAAAUGAUUCCUAUUUAUAAUAUUGUGUCUGGGUUCUUAAAUAUUUCAACAUCAUUCAUCGACUGUUACGGAACGCCAUGUUCUAAAUCGUUCUUGAAGUGUUGGAACUUCGUAUCGAAGGCACUUGAAGGAGCCUGGUUAGCAGCAGGUUUUUAUUGGACUUUUCAAAUCUUCCCGCCUGACUACAUCAAUGAAGCCUCUGCAGAGUAUUGCCACCAAGUCUUUUACUCCUUUUCACUUGUGACUGUCACUAUUUCCAGCAUCAUUUAUGUAACCAUACUUUAUUUUGAGAUGCGCAACAAGUGCAAGGGCAACAAGGAGACCAGCGGGCUGGCGAAGGAGCUGGAAGCGGCCCCCGAGGUCGUCGCCAUGCUCACCGAAGUACCUCGCUCGCCUGUACCGCCCACCGUCCCCAGCAGAACGCUCCGCCGGAAGCGCAAGCCCCCGCCGUUGGAGAUCAGGCACAAGCAUUACUGA